AUGUCUUGGGGAUGUCACAAUGACGGCACGAGCGGCCAGCAUGCGCCCGAUCAGAAAUUGGUUAAGGCACCCCGUACUACAAUAUCCGGCCCUGACACGGUUAAACUUCAGGCGCCUGAACAGGUGUAUAAUGCGGUAAACAUCCGGCCCUGGUUCGAAUAUAUGGCAAGAUUUUCAUCUGAUGAAAGCAAUAGUGAUGAAACUGACAGUUCAGGUGAAUACUCAGACAAGGAAGAAUUAAACGAGUCUGUUUUUAUGAGUGACUUGAAAAAGUGGUUUUAUAAUUAUAAUAUUCCAUACAGUCACUUGGAUGCUCUUCUAAAAACAUUGAAGCCAUAUCACUCUGAACUUCCAGUUAGUUCAAAAACUUUUUUAAAAACACAAGGAAGUACAAAACGCUAUAAAAUUCAAAGAUUCAUUCCAGAUGAUAUGACAAAUGAUCCGCAAUUUCACCAAGAAACACUGGAGUUGCAGUUUAGUGUUGAUGGCCUACCACUAUUUCGUUCUAGCAACAAUGAGUUUUGCCCCCUACUAGGAAAAGUUCAUUCUGACAAAGUCUUGUAUGAACCAUUUGUGAUUAGUGUACAUUGUGGAAAGGGCAAACCUACCUGUGUUAAUACAUAUUUCAAACAGUUUAUUGAAGAACUAAAUACUCUUCUAAAAGAUGGUGGUUUAAUAAAAAUUGACAAUGAGCUUCAAAGCUUACUUUAUGUACCAGCAUUAACGAAUGCUGUAGGAAUUGGCAAUGAUGAUCAUGAAGUCGCAGAUCCAAAGUCUCCAAGUACAAGUUUACUAAGUCAGAAUCCUGCUGAAAAUUCCUUUGAAGACAUUAUCGAAACAGCGGUAGAACAGAAUCAGCAACAAAGCAGCAAGAAUGAUACGCAUGGACUUGAUUUAGCAUCAUUCAAGGCUGAAAUCACCAAACACUUUGACGAAACCUUAAAAAGGGUCAAGGAUAGCCUUAAAUCAUACAUCAAAGAGAAAAAUGGUUCCUUGGAAGCUAAAAUAAUCAGUAUACAGUAUGAUGUAUCUCAGAUAAAAACGUUUGUUCAGGAAAACAGACCCUUCAAAGACAGCAAAAAUGUUUUGUCUAUAGACAAAAUAAGUGAAAUAUAUGGGCAUACGUUUCCAAUUCUAGAAUAUGAGGAAUUUAAGAUUUUUGAUAAAAAAAUUGUUGAAGAUCCCUACGAUUCUUUCAAAAUAUACUUUGGGUGCAAUAUAAAUACUAGUGAGGAGCAUAUCCUGGUUAAAGUAAUCACACCGAUUUUCAAGACUUUUUUUGCAAGAGACCUUAUAAUCCAAUUCACUGCACAAAAGAAAACUAAAAACAAAAGUAAAAACAAUAUUCUGAAAGACACCAAUUUUUAUAAAUGCUUUGCGGAUGUUAUGAACCAUGCAUAUAACAGAGACAUUACAGUUCUACAAAGCAAUAAAGUGCUUACUCUACUCGGUGCAAUGAUCAACAACGCUUAUGAUUGGGAGGGCUAUCGAGCCAAACGAAUAAGGGCAUCUGUUAGCGAAAGCGAUUCUGAUGAUAAUGUGGUUAGUUAAACGAAUUAAUAAAUAAUAUCUAACAAUAGGUUUAUAUGUAAAAAGUUAUAUUUGUAUGCAUUAAUUCAAAAAUAAAAAUACUUUCAUUCUUUAUUUCAAUUCAUUUAUUUAUUCCAUGCAAUCUUUUACGAUUGAUAUUUGCUCAAAUUUGAAAAAAAAUAAUGUACUUCAGGCCCUAUCCGGCCCGGAUCUGACCGUAAACGAUUUGAAUCUGAAAAACUUCAGGUGUUCUAUAAUGCUACCUGACAUACCCCGGAUCAGCACCUGAUUAAGCUGAUAAACAAUAUAGAACUUACGGGCCGGACGUCGACCCCAUUACACCCAUACUACGGGCCUGAUACGGUCCUUAAUUUGGCCCGGAUCAGGGGUUUCAAAUCCCGGCUCCGGCCCGGAUCUCGCCGGAUUUUCUAUUUCUGAUCGGGCGUGACCUCAAAAUGCCCGGCACGCGAUGU